GGUCACUUGAGUAGCCAUCUUUUCUGCUCUUCUGCGUCCCGAGCACCUCACACAGUGGCUGGCCUGCAGGAGGCACUGGAUAAGUGUUUGUUCAGUAAAAUCUGUCCAUGUGAGUAGGAAAGAGGAGGAGAGUGGGGAUCAAGAAAGAAAUGACCCUCAGACCAGGCGCAGCCUCUUCCAGAGCAGGGGAGCAUUUCUACCUGCCAUCCUGUCCUGCGUCGUAGUCAUGCCAGUCACAGGGAUGCGACUGUCCCUCUGCACAGCAGGGGUCCUCCAACUUCUCUCGGCGACAGGCAGCAUCUUCUUGGCCUCUGCCCUGCAGCUGACCAGCGAAGGCAAGACCUUCUGGCGGGUGGCAGAGGAGCUGAGCUGGUCCGAGGCCCUGGGGUACUGCCGGCGGCACCACACGGACCUGGCCGACCUGCACAGCAUGACCGGCUGGAGUAGCAUCAAGGCCCUCUACUCUCUCACCAGCAGCCACGAGGCGUGGGUCGGCCUCUUCUUUGACGUGCGCCUUGGUGGCCUGAGAUGGUCCAGCGGCUCUUCCUUCAGCGCGUCGGUGUGGGGCUCGCUGCCCACCUUCAGGGAGGGCCUCUGUGCCACCCUGUAUUCAAUCACCUUUCUCCCCAGCCUGGGGGCCGCCUGGUGCACUGCCCGGAGGCCCUUCAUCUGCUACUAUGAUCCCACUGUGGGGGCCCACACCCUCCUGGAGCCAGUUCUCAGCCUGACCGCCACUCCAAAGCCAGUUGAGGUUCAGCUUGGCAAUCUGACCUUCAAGCGAUUUGACCAAGAAAAGAUGUGGCUGGAGGCAUUGGGGUACUGCCGCAGAUACCACACAGACCUGGCUGACCUGCAGACGGUGACUGAGGAGAUGGACGAAGACUUGAAAUCCAUCACGAGUAACACCGAGGCCUGGAUUGGCCUCUACUUCAGUGCAGCCUCUGGGUCUCCGAGGUGGUCCAGUGACAGGGGUUCCAGCAUCCCUAGCUGGCUGCAGCCACCUAAGUUUGGGGCAGGACUGUGUGCGGGUCUCAGUAGGUACUGGAGCUUCCCCUCCAGAAUUUCUGCCGUGACCUGCUUUGCCCUGAAACCCUUCAUCUGCUUCGACGAUCCCACCGUCGGACACCGGGAUCUUGCAGCCCUCCCUCAGCUCUUCCACACGCCCUCCUCAGAAGUGACCGUGGGGAUGACGCCCAGGCCAAGCACCAGCUUCGGUCCCGCGGACGCCAUGAAACGUCGGGCUUCGUUGGGGCCUUUCCCGCAGCAAGUCAGCCCGGAGCCCCCCGAGCUCAGCUCCAGCACCCUUGGCUCCGGCACCUCCGCCUCCGCAGGCCCUGCCGCGCCCCAGCCCAGGACAGCAUCUCCGAGCCCUCCGGCCUGCGUCCCAGUCCCCGCGGACGGAGGGCCCUGGACCUCGCCGGUCACCACCCAGAACAUGUCCUUUGGUCCCGCGCCCCUGGCCUCCUCGCCGACCCCUGCCCCGAGCCCCACGGAGCUGGUCCACUGGAGGAGCCCCUCUGUCCCCCAGGGAGUCACCGAGACCCCCCUGGCCUCCGCCUCCAGCCCUGCUCCAGGCUCUGCGCCCUCGGCCGCCUCACCAACCCCCACCCCGAACCCCGCGGAGCCAAUCCCUUCAGGAAGCCCCUCUGUCCCCCAGGGAGUGACCGAGAGCCCCCAGGCCUCCGCCUCCAGCCCUGCUCCAGGCCCUGCGCCCCCGGAGGACUCCGGUCCACCCAUGGGACCUCGGCUCACCCAGGGGUGA